AUCCAUCUCUUCAUCUUCUCUCUCUCAAACCUCCUCUCAUUUCCACUUCUCGUUUCAAUUUUCAUGCAAUUUAGAUAAAAAUGCCGGCAACAGAUUACCAAGGUUCAUCAAGAUCAAUACUGAGUAUACGACGAGAUCAGAUUCAUUCAGCAGAAUCAGCCAACGACGGAGCGGAACUCGAAUCUUUCAAAAAGCAUGUCCUCGACCGUUUUCACGAUUUAUCGGUAGCGGAUCACAAAGAACUACUCUCUCUUCCAUGGAUUACAAAACUCCUAGAUGCCUUCCUCUGUUGCCAGGAAGAAUUCAGAAUGUUGAUGUUCAACAACAAAGAAAUCACAACCAAACCUCCAAUGGAUCGGAUCAUUUCCGAUUUCUUCGAGAGAAGCGUCAAAGCUCUCGAUGUCUGUAACGCAAUUCGUGACGGAAUUGAACAGAUCAGACAGUGGCAGAAGUUACUUGAAAUCGUUCUAUGUGCUUUGGAUAAUCAGAGAAGUCUCGGAGAAGGUCAAUUUCGCAGGGCGAAGAAGGCUUUAACGGAUUUAGCAAUCGGAAUGCUGGAUGAGAAGGAGUCGAACGCCGCGGCGGCGGCAGCCGCCGCCGCCCAUAGAAACCGUUCUUUUGGGCGAAACAAUACACCAAAGGAGGAUAGCAAUAAUAAAUCACUAGGUCAUUUCCGAUCUUUAUCAUGGAGUGUUUCUCGUUCCUGGUCUGCUGUUAGGCAGAUUCAGGCAUUAGGAAGUAAUCUAGCAGCUCCGAGGACGAACGAGAUAUCUGCAACAAAUGGAUUAGCGGUGGCGGUUUAUACAAUGAACUGUGUUCUAUUGUUUGUUAUGUGGGUGUUGGUGGCUGCAAUCCCAUGUCAGGACCGUGGAUUACAAGUGCAUUUGAACAUUCCUAGACAGUUUAUAUGGGCGAGUCCUAUUGUAUCUCUUCAUGAGAGGAUUGUUGAGGAAUCAAAAAGGAGGGAUCGAAGAAACACAUGUGGGUUGUUGAGGGAGAUAGAAAAGAUAGAGGUUUGUGUAAGACAGAUGAAUGAAUUGACUGAAAUUGGGAAUAGGUUUCCUUUGACAGAAGAGAAGGAAGGUGAAGUUAGGAGAAGAGUUGAUGAAUUGGAUGAGAUUGUUAAAGCUGUUAAGAAUGGAUUGGAUCCAUUAGAACGACAAGUAAGACAAGUUUUUCAUAGGAUUGUGAGAAGCCGGACUGAGGGGCUUUCAUGAUUUUGAUUCAUCGGUACUAUUCUCCUCCGGCGACAGGACAGGCGAGGUUAUACAAAUAUCUUAUCCAGUACUAGCUGUAGGUACCAGGUACCAGCCGCCCCAUGAAUACAAAAAUAAGAUGUUUGAAAUUGUAAUUUGUUGUUAUUAUUAUUAUUAUUUGGUUUUGACUUUGAAGAUAUUGAUACAGAGAAGAGGUCUGGAAUGGAUAUUUUCUCUGGAAAUUGACUGUAAUGAUGAUGGUGAAAAGGGGUGGGUGGUGGAGUGUAUGAAAUACAAAUAUGAUUAUUAUUAUUUUAUUUU